CCACCACUUGAACCACUAUGCCAGCCGUUUAAAGAGGACUUUUUUGUUUACUUACCUCCUGGCUGGAAAAUUCGGCCACUCAUCCUAAGUCCUGCCGUUACUGAAGCUAUCUUUGGAAUAAGAACCCUGACAACUGAGGAGGAGGAGUGAACCUGAAUGCCUGUACCUGCUCUUCCACCCUCUGGGCCAAGUCGCUCUCCUUUGGGCCCCAUUGUUAACAGUGGUUUUGAUCUAUGAAAACAAGUCCUGCAGAUAAGUGUUCUGUUCAAGGUGCCCAGUUUGUGAGAAUUGGAGCCUAGGUCACUGUUCUGUGAGCCUUCUGGGUCUAAAGGAUUUCUUGAUCAGAAUGGCUUCAGGAUGGUUUUACCUGUCCUGUCUGGUGCUGGGGUCCCUGGGCUCAAUGUGUGUCCUCUUCAUUACUUACUGGAUGCAGUAUUGGCGAGGUGGCUUUGCCUGGGAUGGCAGCUUACACAUGUUCAACUGGCACCCAGUGCUCAUGGUUUCUGGCCUGGUGGUGCUCUAUGGAGCUGGGUCGCUGGUGUACCGCCUGCCUGUGUCAUGGGUGGGGCCCAAGUUGCCCUGGAAACUCCUCCAUGCAGCCCUGCACCUGAUGGCCUUCAUCCUCACUGUGCUAGGGUUGGUUGCUGUCUUUCAGUAUCACAGCCAUUCAAAAAUCGCCCACCUCUACUCCCUGCACAGCUGGCUGGGCAUCACCACCGUAGUCCUCUUUGCCUGUCAGUGGUUCCUGGGCUUUGCGGUAUUCCUUCUGCCCUGGGCAUCACUGUGGCUACGCAGCCUCCUGAAACCCAUUCACAUCUUCUUUGGAGCCUCCAUCCUCUCUCUGUCCAUUGCGUCUGUCAUUUCCGGCAUUAAUGAGAAACUCUUCUUCAGUUUAAAAAAUGUGACCAAGCCAUACUCCAGCCUGCCCAGCGAGGCUGUCUUUGCCAACAGCACCGGCCUGCUGGUGGUGGUCUUUGGGCUUCUGGUUCUAUAUGUUCUUCUGGCUUCAUCAUGGAAACGACCAGAGCCGGGGAUCCUGACUGACAGGCAGCCCCUGUUGCACGAUGAGGAGUGAAGUGAAAAGGGGUUGUGGGAACAGUCAGUGGUGUGAUCUGUCUCCUUCAGAAGCUCUGCUCCACCCAGUGCUCCUGGCCCCAACUUCUUGCCUCAGUGGCAGGCCUGUCUCUCCAGCCGCUUUCCAUGCAUCUGCUUUUCCUGGUGGCUGUGGCUUCUUGGUGUUACCAGGUCCUCCAUUUUCACAAGAUACUCCUUGCCCUAGUCACUCAUACUGUGUUUGCUCCAUCUGCAAAAGUUGGGCCAAUCUCCCCUAAAACCGCUGGGAUGUGUAGAAAAUCUGGACAGCUCAGAAAAGCUGGGACUCAAAUGCAGUCCCUGAUAUAAAACAUGACGAAGCAGCUUUUGCCUUGGAGGCCUGCAUUGCAGUCUGGUCACCCGCAGCAAGCAGGCUUCCUCUGCUCUGUACUGCAGAAUGGAUUGCAGUGGCAGGAGCUGCCUCUGCAGAGAAGCUGAGGGCUGACUGCUCUGAGCUGUCCUGUUUUUGAUCUCUGGACAGUGUUGUGAGUUAUGACCUGUGGCUCUACCUCUUCUAGCUGCUGCUUCAGCUGUGGCCUGAAUCUUGCCCUUUUCCUGUGACUUACAUGCCUGUCACUAUCAGGCAGCCCUACGAGCCCUGGUAACCUGCUCUUCCAAGAACAACCUGUCCCUAAAGUUUCAAGAAUGAUGAGUAGCAGAAGUUUCUAUGGCUUUCCUUUCUUUCCCCUUGCUGACCCUUCCUUCCUGCCCACCUCUGGGCCAGCCCAACCUACUUUCCCACUCCAGCCCACCAUGAAACUGAAGACAGUGUUGUGAAGUAUCGUGCCCAGCACAGCCCUGGGAGCUGCUGCCACCUUCAGAGGUAUUCCUUAUUGAGAACUGGCCUGCUUCCCCUGCCCUACAUUGCCUGCUUAUCUGGUUGAGCCCUGCCUCCUGGGGUGUACCAGAGCACCAGCUUUGCUUUUCUCCCAUGAAGAAAGUGAAUGAGGAGGGAGGAAUCUUGUUCCUCUCCUCAGUGCUGGCACGUGGGUCCUGUUGCUUUCUCCAAAUAAGCCUUGCCAGGUCCCAGGCUCCAGACUGCUGUGCUUGAGACAGGUGGAUGUGCCCUAGGGUUUAGAACUGGGCACUCCGUGGCAGGUAGCAGCCAGGCUGACUGUCCAUGCCAGCCCCAACUGCCAGGUAUUAGCAGGACUAGGACUGGACUUUCUGGUUGGAUAAAGCCUUCAUGCAGUUGGGAUGACUGCUGGGCACCUUGGUCAUGUCCAGUUCCCCUUAUUAACAGCAAGUUGCAAUUUUACUUGUUAAUGAAACUUGGCCCUCAUUAAAUAUAUUUUAA